GUUCGCCACGAGAACGCCUGCAAGCCGACGCUGUGUACUCUGUGCAAAGAGCAGCACCUACAGCCAUCCACAACCAGCGGACGGAUAGAUCGCACCCUUGUACUCUCCUCGAAGCUUGAAGCUUGACCUCCUGCACCCAUCACCUAACAUCGAGCCCCUGGUAUCAUAUUGUGACGUCCAAUUGUGAUGCCUCUCAACUACAAGAAGUGGGACGCACUAGAGCUCUCAGACGAUUCGGAUAUCGAAGGACACCCGAAUGUCGACCACAAGUCGCUAGUGAGGUGGAGGCAGCGCGACAUCCACGAGAAGCGGCAAGCGCGCAAUCAUCGCAUCGCCGAGCUCGAAGUCGAGAUCCCGGCCAACACCAUCCUGCUCGAUCGCCUGAAGGGCUUCAGUGACGCGUUGCAAGGCGCCUCGGACGCGCCAUCCUUCUUCUCGCACACCGUCGAGCGCCUGCAGACGCAACCCUCGCCCGAAGGUCCCAAGACGAACGCGGCUGACAAGGUCACUUACGACGGCAUGCUCCUCGCCGUGCUGAACAAGGCGAGCGAGGACGCGAAGGCGAAGAAAGAGGAGAGCAAGAGCGAUCCCGAUCUUGGCGAGUUGCUCAUAGACGAGAUCAAGAUGCAUGUCAUGAAGCUCGGGGAGGCGAUCGAAAACUGGCAGAAGGAGCUCGAGGAACUCCAGAAGGAGAAGACGAAGAAGAUCACCACCGAAGACAUGCACGAUGGCUGGGAUUCGAAGUACGUGCCACCCAAGCCAGCGCCGCCCCCUGUACCCGGCGCCGACAAGAAGACGAAGAAGGUGACCACCACCGAAUUCGAAGUCCUCAACCCUGGAACCUCCUCAUCCGAGCCCUCCACAUCCGCGGCUCCUUCGACGUCGUCCCCUGCCACAACACCCAGUUCAGUGGACGACUACGACGAGCUCCCCGAGAUGACACCCAGCCUCGAGGAGUUCUCACGGAUUCCGAUGGGCGCAUACGACAAAUCGUUCGAGUACAUCCAGACCCACCGCGAGGUCGUCGUCCCCGGUGCGUCGGACGCGCUGCUCAUCGCGGCGUUCAACGCGCAACACAGCGACAACCCCAAAUACGCGAAGCAGUGUGUGAACCAGAGCUUGUUGCUACAAUACUGCGACAAGCUUGGGCCGGACGGCGUUCGGCUCUUCUUCCGAAAGAUGAUGAGCAACGACAAGCGCGCCGAAGUUGUGUUUGUCAAAGACGUCGAGGACACGUACGCGCACCUCGUCGAGCGCGUGCGUAUUUCGAAGGAGGAAGAAGCGAGCCAGAACGGCGUGGAGCAGAUUCAGCUCGUCGCGGAGAACCCGGACACGCAGAUCACGUUCAACGUCCCGGACGGCCCACCGCCGGACAACCUCGUGCUCGAGGGCCCGGGCACGGAGGACAUGGACGUCGAGGACGUCCGGCGCGCGCUGCAGAUGCGGUGGGACGUGUUCCAGGCGUUCGACGACAACAUGAAGAAGGCGCUCCGGAGCGGCAAGCUCGAGGCCGUGAACAAGAUCUUGGCCGGGAUGAAGGUCGAGGACGCAGAGCAAGUCGUGCAAGCGCUGGACAUGGCGGGAAUUCUGAACUUUGCGGAGGGCGGCAUCAGGGACGAGACCAAUAACGACGCAGGGGUCGGAGAUGCGGAAGGCGUGGAGUGAAGAGACCCGGCACGGAAUGUAUCGGUUACGGAGCUCGGUUGCUGUACUGCUAUCCAACUUGCUUUCGGAUAUGAUGAUUAUGUGUGUAGCAUAUUGGUAAAUGCAAUGUAGUAGGGUAUCGU